AUUGACGUUAACCAGAAAGCAAAUCCCGGGAAUGCAAUGGACACCACUGCGAUACGAGUUUCACUCUUCUCCCAUAUCACCCCUUUCUCCAGAUUUCCCAGAACCCUAAUUUCAGCUCUACCAACUAAUAAUCCCAAUCAAAUAAAAUACAAAUCACUAUCAAAUUCAAAACUGAGCAGUUCUCUGAAAAACAACGCAAUCUUCGAUGAAGAGGCAUUUGAAAAAAACCGUCUCACUCUUGAUGCUAAAACCAGAGAAUUAAUGGCGGAAACAUCAGAAAAAGAAAUGAGAGAGAGUGAAGAAGAUGACCCAAAAGCUUGGAAAUGGAGGAUUAGAAAAAGGGUUUGGGAUUUUAUGGAAGCCAAUAAUAUUGCCCAAUUUCCUCGACCUGUUCAUCAUCGUAUUCCCAAUUUUGUUAAUUCUCCACUUGCUGCUAACAAGUUGGGUGAACUGGAGGUGUUUCGGGCUGCGGAUUGUGUGAAGGUGAACCCAGAUUCUCCACAAAAACGAGUCAGAUUUUUGACGAUUUCGGAAGGGAAGAAACUGCUUACUCCUCAACCACGGUUAAGGACAGGUUUCUUUUCUGUUCUUGAGUUACAAAUGUUGACUCCAACUGCAAUAAACGAGGCGUGUACUUCUGUGGGAGUAGCAAAGUAUGGAAGGCCAAUUGGGCUAGAUGAAAAGAUUAAGGUAGAUUUGAUUGUCAUUGGUUCAGUUGCUGUUGAUCCUAAGACGGGAGCUCGACUUGGAAAGGGUGAGGGAUUUGCUGAACUUGAAUAUGGGAUGCUGCGUUAUAUGGGGGCCAUUGAUGACUCUACACCUGUUGUCACUACAGUGCAUGAUCAACAACUAGUAGAUGAUAUUCCAUCUGAAAAGUUAUUGAUUCACGAUGUACCAGUCGAUAUCAUUUGCACCCCAACUCAGGUCAUAUACACGAAUACGACUAUACCGAAACCACAAGGCAUUUAUUGGGAAAAAUUAUCUCCUGAAAAACUGGGACAAGUACGAAUACUCCGAGAGCUGAAGAAGAGGAUUGAGCGAGAAACUGGGCAAAAGCUUCCCAGUGGCCCUUCUGAGAAGCUGCCCCCAACUGCACUAAGAAAACGCUAAUUUAAUAAGACCCUUCCCCUUUGUAAAGUGUAACAUUUUUGUUAAUGUAAAUUGUAAAUUGUAAAUUGUAAUACUUAUAAUAUGUGUUACUAAUGUGAUUGUAGACACGUGUCUCUUCAUUUAGGGUCUGUUCUCCCCAGCUUAUUUUCAGUUUAGUUCAAUUCAGUUCAGUUCAAGAUAAUACUUUUAAUCUCACAAAUCACUAUUCAUUUCA